GCUCUGAAGGACACCGUAGCGCGCAGCUCAUAAGCGGCUUUAAUCGGUUAAUUUGGCUGCAGUGGCAUUUAACGCGGCUGGUCAAAACUUGGACGAAGACUUUCCACUCCAAGACAUUGUUUCUACACGUUUUAAGGAGUUUUGUUUUGUGAAGAUUAUUUCUGUUUUACAAUGACUGCAUGAGUUUGGAGCGUGCGCCUGGCUCGGUUUGUCUUUUACGCACAGCCAAAGCGCAAGAAGCUGUGUCCCGGGAAGUGACCGACGCCAUGGCGGCACUGGAGACGGACUGGGAGCGGGCCUGAUGAGGGUGACGAGGCGGAGGAGCCGCGGUGGAGAUGGUGGUUAACGGGACCGUGGGAGAGGGCGCAGAUGCGGACUUGGAGCGCACGGUGGGCAGCCACAAUGUGCCCGCGCUCGUGUUUGGGAUUCUGCUCAUCAUUGUGAUCAUCUGCGGGAACGUGCUCGUGUGCCUGAGCGUGUUCACUGAGCGCGCGCUCAAGACCACCACCAACUACUUCAUCGUGAGCCUCGCGGUGGCGGACCUGAUGCUCGCGGUGCUCGUGCUGCCGCUGUUUGUGUAUUCAGAGUUUGAGGACGGCGUCUGGACUUUGAACACGACUGUGUGUGACUGUCUCAUGACCAUGGACGUGAUGCUGUGUACCGCCUCCAUCUUUAACCUCUGCGCCAUCAGCAUAGACAGAUUCAUUGCAGUCUCCAUCCCUUUCAACUACAACCGCAAACACGUGGACAUGCGCCAGUGUGUGCUCCUUUCCGCCACCUGGAUACUGGCUUUGGCUGUGGCCUCUCCGAUCAUUUUCGGACUCAAUGACGUUCCCAAUCGCGACCCGGGCGAAUGCAAACUGGAAAACGACGAUUAUGUCCUCUACUCCUCUGUCUGCUCCUUCUUCAUCCCCUGUCCCAUUAUGCUACUACUUUAUUUUGCCAUGUUUCGAGGUUUAAGGCGAUGGGAAGAGGCGAGGAAAGCCAAAUUACGGAACAGUAUCCAAGCCUGUAGGAAACUCCAGGAGGCAGCUGCUUCUUUGCCCCCGCUCGCAUCAUUGCCACCACUUUUGCCCCCGAUAAUUGAGAGGGAAAUGACUGAGACUGUGGAAGAACCAGCGGACAAAGUGCCGACCCCCUCAGAGUUCCCGGACGGCCGCAUGAGAGCCGUGAGUCUGGCGGAAAUCAAAUUUGACACGGAUCCAAGGCGAAGGAAGAGAGCGAAAAUCAACAAUAGAGAGAGGAAGGCCAUGAAGGUGCUGCCAGUCGUAGUAGGUUGUUUCCUGUUUUGCUGGACUCCGUUUUUCGUUCUCCACACUCUAAGGGCUCGAUGCCAGGAUUGCCACAUCCCGCCGGUGCUCAUGAGCGUGGUGACAUGGCUUGGAUAUGUCAACAGCGCGCUCAAUCCGGUCAUCUACACAGUUUUCAACACAGAAUUCCGAAACUACUUCAAAAAGUGUCUGCGCCGAUGCUGCGCCUCAGUCUACACAUGAACUGCCCCUGUACAUGGACUUUGUGAACAGGAAAAAGCAGAUAGGUUGCGUUCACGUGGCAUCACAACACUGUAUAAUCUCUAUAGGUUAAAAUGGAGCUGGAGACAGGUCAGAAUUCUUUGGUGGAAUUCACUGUUUAACUGUCAAAUUGCAAAUGUGUUGACCUGGUUUGUGGUUAAUAUCUGUGUAAUCACUAGGCCUGUCCACAUGAAACAAAAACUGGCACAAGGUUCAACAUCUUCUCUGUCAGCAUAAAUAAACAUCAAAGUUCAGUUACUUUUUUACAAUAGAAAAAAACUGGUGCCAUUUUUCAGUAUUAAAAAUGGGAUUGUUGUAAAUUGAAAGGACUUCAAAAUAUGACAUUAAUAUGGCAAGUUGGUGGAGCCAAUCCCAGACAAAUAAUGAUAACGUUGGAAGCAUUUGUUGAUCAUAAAUCUGGAUAUUUCUUUCCAAAACUGUGAAUCUCCUGUAGAGUUAUACAGGCAGGUUCUAGGACGUGAGCGCAACCUUAUAAGGAGAUAUGGACAAUAAUGUUGAAGACAGCAAACGUUUGUUCUGUUAAAUUUAAAUAAAUGCAUUUUGUAUAUUCAGCUAAUACUUUGCAAAUAAAAGUUUUCAUAUCU